UUCCGAGAGACUUAACACGGUACGGUAGAGAAAGCUGAACAAUCAGUGGUGUUUCAUUCGUGGCUUGAGAAAGACACGAAGUAAGUGCCUGUGUUUCAGCAAAAGAGAUUUCAACAUCUAGCCAGAUAUAACAUACGUGAUCUUUACGUGUGGGUUAGUUGAGAACUGUUUUCACUGCAGACGACGCCUCGACCGUCAACCGAAAAUGCCCGUUUUUCACACGAAGACCAUCGAGAGUAUUCUCGAGCCAGUGGCCUCUCAGGUUGAACGACUUGUUAUCCUACAUGAAGAGGCCGAAGAUGGCAACGCCAUGCCAGAUUUGGAGCGGCCUGUGCACGCCGUCUCGGUCGCCGUCACCAAUCUCGUUAAGGUUGGCAAGGAGACCAUCCACAGCAGCGAUGACGCCAUCCUUAAGCAGGAUAUGCCAGCGUCGCUGCACCGCGUGGAAGGCGCCGCCAGAUUGUUGGAGGAAGCGUCCUCUAUGCUGAAGGCCGAUCCUUAUUCGGGACCCGCACGGAAGAAGCUGAUUGAAGGAUCUCGCGGAAUCCUCCAAGGCACGUCGUCGCUUUUGCUCUGCUUCGACGAGUCUGAAGUUCGCAAAAUCAUCCGAGAAUGCAAAAAGGUAUUGGAUUACCUGGCCGUGGCUGAAGUCAUUGAGAGCAUGGAGGACUUGGUCCAAUUUGUCAAAGAUUUGAGUCCGUGCCUCACUCGCGUGUCACGCGAAGUGGAUGCCCGUCAAAAGGAACUGACGCACCAAGUCCAUCGUGACAUCCUGAUUCGCUGCUUGGAACAGGUGAAAACCUUGGCUCCGAUUCUAAUCUGCUCCAUGAAGAUUUUCAUUCAGAUUGUCUCUCAAGGUGGCAAAGGUAAUGAAGAGGCAGCCGAGAACCGUAAUUACUUGGCCGGUCGCAUGACGGAUGAAAUCAAUGAAAUUAUCCGAGUUCUCCAACUGACAACUUACGAUGAAGACGAAUGGGACGCUGAUCAGUUGACGGCCAUGAAACGAGCUUGCAACGCUUUGGAAAGCAAAAUGCAGGCCGCCAUUGACUGGCUGGAGGAUCCUCAUGCUCGUGGUGGCGGAAUCGGCGAGAAAUCUAUUCGCCAGAUCAUCGAAUUGGCCGAAAAAGUGGCUGAGCACUCUCUUCCUGACGAUCAAAAAGCCUUACGCAAGCUUUGCUCCGAGUUGACGUCAUUAACUGACGCUCUGGUUGAAUUGCGUGGUGAGGGACAAGGUGCCACUCCUCAGGCGGAAGGCUUAGCCCGAAGCAUCCGCCACAAACUGGGAGAAUUGAACACUUUGGUCCAAACGGCUGUACAGAAUGCCGAAAAGUACGGAGUCCAGCAGCCAGCUCACACCGUGGCUGGACGAUUGGAACAAGCCCGCCGCUGGUUGGCCAAUCCAAGCGUAGACGAUCGCGGUUUAGGACAGCAGGCGAUCGCUUUGAUUGUCGAAGAAGGCAGAAAGGUUGCCCAAGGACUGCAAGGUGAACAACGUGCAGAAAUUCUGGCCCUCUGUAAUCAAGUUGAUUCGCUGUCUCGUCAACUUGGGGACCUGUGCCGUUCUGGACAAGGCAAUUCGCCGCAAGCUCAAGCGGUUGCUAAGUUGUUAUCGCAAAAAUUGGACGAACUCAAAGAUAAGAUUCAAGGAGCUUUGGUCGAUCGCGUAGUUGAAGAUUUUAUUGAUAUCACAACACCAUUGAAACAGUUUACCGAUGCAGUAUUGGCUCCGGAAGGAACUCCAAAUCGCGAGGAGAAUUUCAAAGACAAGGCUGGAGCAUUGAAGGGAUUUUCCGCACGUGCUGCGCAAACGGCUCGCAUGGUUGCUGCUGGUGGUAGCAAUGGUAACAAAAAACUAUCAGAGGCUUUGAACACCUCGGCCGGUCAGGUGGAAAGUCUAACACCGCAACUGGUUAACGCUGGUCGAAUCCGGAUGACCUAUCCGGCAAAUAAGGCUGCCGAUGAGCAUUUUGAGAACUUGCGCCGUCAGUACGCCGAUGCUAUCGCCCGCACUCGCCAGCUGUGCGACGAAGCUAUUGAUUCGGCCGCCUUUAUCCAGCAGUCGGAAGAAUUGAUGCGCCGUUGUACGGCAGAGUGCGAAGAUGCUAUUGGCCGUCAGGAACCGCAGAGGUUAGUCGACGGUACGUCGCACAUUGCCCGUCUGGCCAACCGCGUGCUUAUGGUGGCCAAGCAAGAGGCAGACAACUCUGAGGACCCGACGUUCAUCGGCAACGUGACUGGAGCUGCCAACCUCUUACAAGCCAAUGUCACCCCAAUGGUUCAGGAUGCCAAAUCUGUGGCAACUAACAUGAGAGAUCAAGGUUCAAUCAAUCAGUGGCGCGAUUCGAACAAGAAAUUAUUGGAAUCGGUUGGCAAAGUACGCAAGGCCGUUGCAGGACCUGAUCCCAUCCCGCCGCCUCCGGAUGUGUCCUCACUCAACCUGAACGCACCACCCCGUCCGCCGCUGCCAGGAGGCGAACAUCCUCCACCAAGGCCUCCUCCUCCAGAGACGGACGACGAGGACGAAAUGUUCCGACACGCUCCGCAAGGAGACCAGCCCAUCUUGAUGGCUGCUCAUGGAUUGCAUCAAGAAGUUAUGCAAUGGUCUUCCAGAGAUAACGAGAUCAUUGCCGCCGCAAAAAGGAUGGCUCUUUUAAUGGGCCGUUUGUCUCAACUUGUUCGUGGAGAAGGCGGCAGCAAACGUGAUUUGAUUGCUUGCGCCAAGGCCAUCGCAGAAGCGUCAGAGGAAGUGACAAGACUGGCCAAGGAAUUAGCCCGAGAAUGCACAGACAAGCGAAUGCGCACUGCAUUACUUCAAGUCUGCGAGCGUAUCCCGACCAUUGGCACUCAGCUCAAGAUCCUUUCGACUGUCAAGGCAACUAUGCUGGGAGCCCAGGGAACGGAAGAGGACCAAGAGGCCACCGACAUGCUGGUUGGCAACGCUCAAAACUUGAUGCAGUCAGUCAAGGAGACGGUGCGCGCUGCUGAGGCUGCUUCGAUCAAGUUGCGCACAGACGCCGGCAUCCGCAUGCACUGGAUCCGGCGCAAUCCUUGGUAUCAAUAGAUAGAAAUCAGGAGUUGCAUAACCCUAAAAAAAAAAAACGUACUGCCAUGGGGAUCUUUUCGUCAUCCAUACAAUUUAUUAAAGUUUAUUUCUUUGAACGCUUUUGGCGCAAUCAUUCUCAUUCAUCCAACCGCUUUUACUAUACAUUGAUAUCGUGCAAUGUCACAUAAAAAUUCCUCUAACCACUCUUGAA